UUUGCUGAAGCCCAAGGACUGCAUUUAAAGUCACAGCAGACCAGCCAAAGUUCUUCCACACUUACACAUUAAGAUCUGUAUUGACGGCACCCAUUCACUGCAGAGCAUCCAUUGAUGAGACACUGAUGAAGAACCUGAUGAAGAAACAAACUCACUUACAGUUUCUUUAAUGAUUGUGGAGUCAGAUCAGUUUGCAGAUUAAAUCCCGAACCAAAAGUAAAUUCGCUGCUAGUUUACUGCUGAGAGUGAGUUUUCUGUUCUAUUAAUAACUCGUUUCGCUUUGACUUCCUGUUCAGAGCGUGUCAGGACUGUUGUGGCUGUUUGUUUCGUCUUCCUUUUUUUACUUGUUUCUAAGCUGUUUUCUUGGCGUUUGGCUGUUUUCUGAACAGAACCGGCUCCUCCGAAGUCGCUGUACGCACUCAACGCCACCGACUCGGCCGUCACGCUGCUCUGGACGGAGGAAGGCAUCGUGGACUUCUAUCAGGUCCUCUGCAGACCGCUGCGAGUCAACAGAGAGAGCAAAAAGCUGCGAGAGCCACUGCUGACCGCUGCUCAUGUUGUGACCAUAUCAGGACUACAGCCGUCCACUUCAUAUAACUGCAGUGUGAUCAGCAGCAGCUACAGCAGCAUCAGUGACCCGGCGUACAUCACCAUCAGCACGACCGUGCGCGAGAUGAACCCGAGUGUGGCGGCGAUCUCUGCGCUGGCGGUUCUCAGCGUUCUGCUCAUCAUUCUGCUGGUGCUCUUCCUGCUGGUUCUGCGCAAGAAACACAUGGAGCUGAGCCGGGAGUGCGGCGCUGAGACCUUCGUGAAUUUCGCCUCUUUCGAGCGAGACGGGAAGCUGCCGUAUAACUGGCGCAGGAGUCUCUUUGCGUUCCUCACGCUUCUGCCAUCCUGCCUUUGGACUGACUAUCUUUUGGCCUUUUAUAUUAAUCCGUGGAGCAAAACAGCGCUGAAGAAGAGGAAACUAACCAGUCCAGUUCAGCUCAGUGAUUUCGACGCUUACAUCAAAGACAUGAGCAAAGAUUCGGCGUACAAGUUCUCGCUGCAGUUUGAGGAGCUGAAGAGCGUGGGUCUGGAUCUGUCUCAUGAAGCGGCCGAUCUGCCCGUCAACCGACCCAAGAACCGCUACACCAACAUCCUGCCCUAUGAUUUCAGUCGAGUGAAGCUGAUCUCUCUGCACAACGAUGAAGGCUCUGAUUACAUCAAUGCAAACUUUAUUCCCGGCUAUAACUCUCCGCAUGAGUUCAUCGCCACACAGGGGCCGCUGCCCGAUACCAGGAACGAUUUCUGGAAGAUGGUCCUGCAGCAGAAGUCUCACAUCAUCGUCAUGCUGACCCAGUGUAACGAGCGCAGGAGGGUGAAGUGUGACCACUACUGGCCGUUCACCGAGGAGCCCGUGGCGUACGGAGAGAUUACGGUCGAGAUGCUGUCGGAGACCGACUCGCCCGAGUGGACCGUCAGAAACUUCAGACUGGGAUACGCUGAUGAAACUCAAGACGUUCUGCACUUUAACUACACCUCGUGGCCAGAUCACGGCGUUCCGACAGUCAACGCCAUCGAGAGCAUCUUACAGUUCGUUCAGAUCGUACGGCAGCAGGUCAACAGGACCAAAGGGCCCAUCGUGGUCCACUGCAGUGCUGGAGUGGGGCGCACCGGCACCUUCAUCGCUCUGGACCGGUUGAUGCAGCACAUUCAGGAACACGAGUAUGUGGACGUCUUGGGACUGGUGUCAGACAUGCGCUCACACCGGCUCUCCAUGGUCCAAACUGAGGAGCAGUACGUAUUCAUCCAUCAGUGUGUCCUACUUAUGUGGAAAAAGAAGAAGCAGCAGACGCACACGAGCGACGUCAUCUACGAGAAUGUCAGCAAGUCCUAAUGAAGUCCGACGCUCCUCACAUCAGUGUUGACAGACGUGCUUCAUCAACACCAGAUCCCAACCGAGCGGCGGCCGCGGAGCAGAACCCUUCACUCAUUUACUCCCAUACAAGCUCUUAUUUAGCGGACGAACGACGGAACCAAUCCGAUGCCUUAAACGAGCUGCCGUGUUCUCCCGUCUCCGCAGAUCGCAGGAGAACGCCGCAGCGCCGGACCCACGCCGCUUCCGUCCGCAUCUCGUCUGUAGUGUGUGAAUCUCAGGAGCAUCUGGAUGCGUGUAAAGUGUGUUUCGUGAGUUUAUAUCGCACUCUGUCUGUACUAGUGUUAGUUUCUAUGUCUCCAGAGGAGAAUGCAGAACCGGAUCCUCCUGUUGGCAUGCACAUGUAAACACGGUUCGAACCUGACGGCCUUUGAUCACUGCCACACACUGACCAUCUGCUCUGGGUGUAAAGGACAGAUGCAGAAGAUCGUAUGUGUUGCUGUGUGUAGAGAGGCUGCGCUUCUGUGAUUUCUGCUAAAGCUGGGCUUCAUCUGCAAGCGUCUGGAUGUUUACUGGAGCGGGGUUUUUGCACAGUUCAGACCGAAUCGCUCGCUGCUGCUGAAUCUGACACUGACUCCGUUGUGUUCGCUGAACGAUGCAUGCUGCAAAAUGACAGACGCCAGAUUAGUCUAUUCUUUAGGUUUAGAGCUCAAGAGUGUUCGUUUCACGUUUGCCCGUUCCGCCAGACACCAGUGAGUUUACAAACGUCUUUACAGAUGCAGAGAUGUCAUAUCAACCAAGCGUCGAGCUGUAAAUACUGAAACUAAAGAAACUCUGUAUUGUGUUUUCAAUGAACUGAUUGAAACUCUCUCUCCAGAACGGGCUUCACUUGAUGGGUUUUCUUUCAUUCGUGUCAGAACUCGUUUGUCUUUUGGUGCCAUUCUUGUGAAUCGUGUGACUUCAAGUAGCCGAGCAAUCCACAGUUUAUUGUGUGUUCAUUUGGGAAAAAAUAAACAUUUGAGUACGUAUUCUUAUGAGCUGGAAAUGAGUCGUUUUGUGUGAUGAAUAAAUGACGUCUGUAGACCUCAGUCCAUGUGAACUUCAAA